CUGUGCUGUUCCUUCUUGCCUCUAACUUGUAAACAAGACCUCAUAGAACAUGCGAAUGGAAAGUCACAAACCUCUGGGUUUUUGAAAGGAUCCUUGGGACCUCAUGCACAUCUGUGGAUACUGGAUGGAGAGAUUUGGGAAAGCAUGGAUCUAGCCGGCUUAGUUCUCUAUGGAGUCAGCUUGCUCCUUUCUGGAAUGGUAGAAGGUGCCAUGGACUUGAUCUUGAUCAAUUCCCUACCACUUGUAUCCGAUGCUGAAACAUCCCUUACCUGCAUUGCCUCUGGGUGGCGCCCUCAUGAGCCCAUCACCAUAGGGAGGGACUUCGAAGCUUUAAUGAACCAGCACCAGGUUCCACUGGAAGUUACUCAAGAUGUGACCAGAGAAUGGGCUAAAAAAGUCGUAUGGAAGAGAGAAAAGGCUAGUGAGAUCAAUGGUGCUUACUUUUGUGAAGGGCGAGUUCGAGGAGAGGCAAUAAGGAUACGAACCAUGAAGAUGCGUCAACAAGCUUCCUUCUUACCAGCUACUUUAACUAUGACUGUGGACAGGGGAGAUAAUGUGAACAUAUCUUUCAAAAAGGUAUUGAUUAAAGAAGAAGAUGCAGUGAUUUACAAAAACGGGUCCUUCAUCCAUUCAGUGCCCCGCCAUGAAGUACCAGAUAUUUUGGAAGUGCAUCUGCCUCAUGCUCAGCCCCAGGAUGCUGGCGUGUACUCAGCCAGGUACAUAGGAGGCAACCUGUUCACCUCGGCCUUCACCAGGCUGAUAGUCCGGAGAUGUGAAGCUCAAAAGUGGGGACCUGAAUGUAACCACCUCUGUACUGCUUGUGUGAAUAACGGUGUCUGCCAUGAAGAUACUGGAGAAUGUAUUUGCCCCCCUGGAUUUAUGGGGAGGACAUGUGAGAAAGCUUGUGAGCUGCACAUGUUUGGCAGAACUUGCAAAGAAAUGUGUACCGGGCCAGAGGGAUGCAAGUCCUAUGUGUUCUGUCUCCCAGACCCCUAUGGGUGUUCCUGUGCCACAGGCUGGAAGGGUCUGCAGUGCAAUGAAGCAUGCCACCCUGGUUAUUACGGGCCAGAUUGUAAGCUCAAGUGCAGCUGUACCAAUGGGGAGAUGUGUGACAGGUUCCAAGGAUGCCUCUGCGCUCCAGGACGACAAGGGCUCCGGUGUGAGAAAGAAGGCAUGCCAAGGAUGACCCCAAAGAUAGAGGAUUUGCCAGAUCACAUAGAAGUAAACAGUGGCAAAUUUAACCCCAUCUGCAAAGCCUCCGGCUGGCCACUACCUGCUAAUGAAGAAAUGACCCUGGUGAAGCCAGAUGGGACAGUGCUCCGUCCAAAAGACUUUAACCAUACGGAUCAUUUCUCAGUAGCCAUGUUCACCAUCGAACGGAUCUUCCCCCCCGACUCAGGAGUUUGGGUCUGCAGUGUGAACACAGUGGCUGGGAUGGUGGAAAAGCCUUUCAACAUUUCUGUUAAAGUUCUUCCAAAGCCCCUGAAUGCCCCAAAUGUGAUCAGCACUGGACACAACUUUGCUGUCAUCAACAUCAGCUCCGAGCCUUACUUUGGGGAUGGACCAAUCAAAUCAAAGAAGCUUCUAUACAAACCUGUUAAACAUUAUGAGGCUUGGCGACAUAUUCAAGUGACAGAUGAGAUUGUUACUCUCAACUCUUUGGAACCUCGGACAGAAUACGAGCUGUGUGUGCAGCUGGUCCGGCGUGGAGAGGGUGGGGAAGGACAUCCUGGCCCUGUGAGACGCUUCACAACAGCUUCUAUCGGACUGCCUCCUCCAAGAGGUCUCAACCUCCUACCCAAAAGUCAGACCACUCUAAAUUUGACCUGGCAACCAAUAUUUCCAAGCUCAGAAGAUGAUUUUUAUGUGGAAGUAGAGAGGAGGUCUGUGCAAGUAAAAAGUGAUCAUCAGAAUAUUAAAGUGCCCGGCAACUUGACUUCUGUGCUGCUUAACAACUUACACCCCAGGGAGCAGUACAUAGUACGGGCCAGAGUCAACACCAAGGCCCAGGGGGAGUGGAGCGAAGACCUCACAGCUUGGACUCUCAGUGACAUUCUCCCUCCUCAACCAGAAAAUAUCAAGAUUUCCAACAUCACACACUCCUCAGCUGUGAUUUCUUGGACAAUACUAGAUGGGUAUUCUAUUUCCUCUAUUAUCAUCCGUUACAAAGUUCAGGGCAAGAAUGAAGACCAGCACAUUGAUGUCAAGAUUAAGAAUGCCACCAUCACUCAGUAUCAACUCAAGGGCCUAGAGCCUGAAACAGCUUACCAAGUGGACAUUUUUGCAGAGAACAAUAUCGGGUCAAGCAAUCCAACCUUUUCUCAUGAACUGAUGACCCUCCCAGAAUCUCAAGCACCAGCAGAACUCGGAGGUGGGAAGAUGCUCCUCAUAGCCAUCCUCGGCUCGGCUGGAAUGACCUGCCUGACAGUGCUUUUGGCCUUUCUGAUCAUGUUGCAAUUGAAGAGAGCAAAUGUCCAGAGGAGAAUGGCCCAAGCCUUCCAGAACGUGAGGGAAGAGCCAGCUGUGCAGUUCAACUCAGGAACUCUGGCCCUAAACAGGAAGGUCAAAAACAACCCAGAUCCUACAAUUUACCCAGUGCUUGACUGGAAUGACAUCAAAUUUCAAGAUGUGAUUGGAGAGGGCAAUUUUGGCCAAGUUCUGAAGGCACGAAUCAAGAAGGAUGGGUUACGGAUGGACGCUGCCAUCAAGAGAAUGAAAGAAUACGCCUCCAAAGAUGACCACAGGGACUUUGCAGGAGAACUGGAGGUCCUCUGUAAACUGGGACACCACCCAAAUAUCAUCAAUCUCUUGGGUGCAUGUGAACAUCGAGGCUACCUGUACUUGGCCAUCGAGUAUGCCCCCCACGGCAACCUCCUGGACUUUCUGCGCAAGAGCCGUGUGCUGGAGACNNCCCCUAGGUUUAUGUUAACAAAACAAAGUGAAAAGGCAAGUACUAUGCUAAAAAUACAUUUUAUUUUUAAAUUUCAGUUUAUCCACAGAGACCUGGCUGCCAGAAACAUUUUAGUUGGUGAAAACUACGUAGCUAAAAUAGCAGAUUUUGGAUUGUCCCGAGGUCAAGAAGUAUAUGUGAAAAAGACAAUGGGAAGGCUGCCAGUGCGCUGGAUGGCGAUCGAGUCCCUCAAUUACAGCGUGUACACAACCAACAGUGAUGUGUGGUCCUAUGGUGUGUUACUGUGGGAGAUUGUCAGCUUAGGAGGCACCCCCUACUGCGGGAUGACCUGUGCAGAGCUCUACGAGAAGCUGCCCCAGGGUUACAGACUGGAGAAGCCCCUGAACUGUGAUGACGAGGUGUAUGAUCUAAUGAGACAAUGCUGGCGCGAGAAGCCUUAUGAGAGGCCGUCAUUUGCCCAGAUACUGGUGUCCUUAAACAGAAUGUUGGAAGAACGAAAGACCUAUGUGAAUACCACGCUUUAUGAGAAGUUCACCUAUGCAGGAAUUGACUGCUCAGCUGAAGAAGCGGCCUAGGACAGAAAAGCCUCAUCUACAUGCCCCUGUCCCCCUUCACCAGCAUGAGAGACCCGUGCGUGAUACCUACUGAGAAAACAAGCCUCUGCCGAGAGAUGUGAUGAGGAAUUGUGUAUAUAUUGCUGUAUAUCUGGGACCUCCAACCCCCCUGUCCCGUGUGUGGAUCUAUAGUAUGCUCUGACUCUAGGAGGACUGUAUAUACUGUUUUGAGUAAGAAUGUGCUGAAAUCAGAAUGCCUGUUUGUGGUUUCAUAUGCAAUAAUAUAUUUUUCUAAAAUGUGGACUUCAUAGGAAAGGUAUGAAUACAAUGACUGUAAUGCAUAACUCAUAACUGUCCUACGUAUUUUUGGAUAUUUACCUUGUUAUGUUUUGCUGUGUAGAAGUAAAAUGUUGUGAAUAAACCUAACAAAGACCCUGACGGUAGCACAGGUGAGGGAAAUGUCUGAAUUCCAGCAGGACACAGGUUAAUAUUUCAGAAACUGAAAAAUCCAAGCAACAGGAAAUUUCCUCAUUCUCUCCAUUCUCCUCCACCUGAAGAAGCCAGUCCAAUUUCAGUCAUGUGACAACUUUGUCUUGUGUUUCUAAGUCUACAAGUCAAUCCAGAAUGCUAAUCUCUAAAACCAGACAUAAAUCUCAUUCUUUAGAAGUUUGUCUUCACAGAAGUAUAACCAUAAGUUUAAUGGAUUAGAUAAUGGGAUUGACUUUUAGUUUGUCUGGUGGUAAUAUUGACUUGCAUAUUUUAAUAAUAAAAAUAGCCUGGGUGAUAUUUGGGAGACAUGUGACAUUUAUAUUGAAUUAACACCCCUACCUGUAUUGCACAUUGUAAAAAGUUUUAGUUCUGAGCAGUUGUGAGUUUACCAUGUAUACUGUAGGCACACGUUGCACCGAGAUCAUAUUCUAAGUGAAUAAAUGUCUUGCCAGAUGUCUUCAUUAUGCUUUGAAGAAAA